AUGGUCAAUUAUUACCCGCCGCGGUUGACCGUCACCCAAUUCAACCGAAUGUGUCGCGGGGAAUGGAGCAUUGUGGAUCCAGAUGAGGAGAUGAGGUUGCAGGACGUUGCGGCAAAGAAGAAGCGAGGGAAGGGUGUACCCAAGAAGGCGAAGUCUGCAGCCGAGAGUCGCAGGGCAGGGAAAAGGCGGUAG